AUGAGUGCGAACCUGAAUGUCGGACAGCAUCACCAACUGCACCGACAGUUACAGGAUGAACAGUUACAGGUUAAACAGCACAAGGAGGCCAUCACAGGUGCAAACAAAGGGACGCAGAGUAACAGCGAAAGCCAUGUUGAACUUAAAGUGAAAGUAAAGUGGCGAUGGAUUCAGUCAGCGGCUGGUGGUUACACCAAUGAAGUCAACCACCUCAGCAAAGUCUGUCUCCACUCUGAGAAACUAUCUUUGCUAGAAGCAGCUUACCUGAACAAAUUAAAUGGGAUUGUGCAAGUGAAGAAUCCUCAUCUGGCAUCAAUGCCUGAAGAUUAUCUUUAUCAUUUUGAUCUGGGAACACAAACACACAAUCUACAAGCAAUGUUUGGAGAUGUAAAGUUUGCUUGCGUUGGUGGCAGUGCAAAUCGGAUGAGAAUGUUUGCACAGCUUAUGCACAUGGAGCUUGGAUUAAACGGUGAUGGGAGUAACACUCUGGAUAUUUGUGCAGCAACAGACAGAUAUAGUAUGUACAAGGCUGGUCCUGUAUUGGCCAUAAGUCAUGGAGUGGGUGUGCCAUCGAUAUCAAUCAUGCUUCAUGAACUCAUUAAGUUACUUCACCAUGCCAAGUGUUGUGAUGUCACUUUCAUACGUCUGGGAACAUCAGGUGGUAUAGGUCUGGAUCCUGGAACUGUGGUUAUAACAGGGACAGCAGUAGAUUCAUUAUUACAGCCUCAGUUUGAACAAGUGGUUCUGGGAAAAGUAAUUACUCGAAGCACCGAACUGGAUAAGGAACUGGCACAAGAAUUAUUGAACUGUGGCAAAGAGAUUGCCGAGUAUCCUAUUAUCAUUGGAAACACCAUAUGCACACAUGAUUUUUAGGAAGGGCGUUUGGAUGGUGCUUUAUGUUCAUUUUCUAUUGAUAAGAAGGUGGAGUAUUUGAAAAAGGCCUAUACAGCUGGUGUUAGAAACAUUGAAAUGGAGUCCACUGUCUUUGCUGCAAUGUGCCACAGUUGUGAUCUAAAAGCUGCUAUUGUGUGUGUGACUUUAUUAAAUUGGCUUGAUGGUGACCAGAUUACAUCUCCACACGAAGUUUUACUGGAGUACCAAAAGCGUCCACAGAAAAUAGUGUCAAUGUUCAUCAAGAAACAGCUUGGGCUAAUAAAAUAGA